AUGGUUGUUUCGGUACCCAGUAUUCAGGCAAGCGCACGUAGCACUCUGGUCACCUUGGUACAAGAGCACGUUAGCUCCUUGGUGCGGGAAGCCACUUGUGUCCAACGACACUGCAAACGUGCUCGGAUGCAUGCUCAUGGUGACAGCGAACAGUCGGGGAUUAUCCGGAGACGUCUGCACGCGGACGAUGUUAACAUGGCGUUGCAGUGGAGAGGUAGUGAGAAAAUAUAUGGUACUGGAACGAUAGGAAAAGAGAGUUCGGAAAGCAAUAAGGUGAAUUUGGAAGAUUAUUUGAAAUCCGAAAUGGAUUUACGUCCGCCACAAGAAGUUGGAUUGACGGUGCAUUGGUUGGCAGUCGACGGGGUACAACCGGAUAUUCCUCAAAAUCCGGGAAGUCAGUCGAGGGAGGUUAAGGAGAUGGCUUCACGCUCAACAGCAGCACCAGCGGUCACUGAUGAAGCUGCCGAAGGUGGUAUUCACGUAACACAAUUGCUUCCUCGUUUGUUGAGUGAAGAAUUGAGACUGUACUUUACUCGAGUCACAUCGGCUGUGGAACGAGGUGGGGCCACACCAAUCACACGACAGCAGCAAGAUGCUGCCCUGGCAGGAAUUGCCCGGGAUCCCGGACUGCAAGAGUUGGUUCCAUUUUUGGUGUUGUAUGUUUCUCAGUCCCUCUCCAAGCAUCUUGGAAACCCGGAGCAUUGCAGGACAUUGAUUCGGAUGGCAAGAUCACUGUUACAGAAUCCAUACUUACAUUUGGAACUUCAUUUACAUCAACUUAUUCCAGCGCUUUUGACAUGCGUGGUUGCAGAGCGCUUAUCGUCACGGGAGGGGGGUAAUCACUGGACGCUACGAAGGGAGGCAGCCUCAACUUUGGUACAAGUGUGUCAUGCCUUUGGGGAUGAUUAUGCCAUGCUCGAAGCACGAGUUCUAAAGGCACUCUGUAAGGCUAUUGGACCAGGAAAAGCACUUCCAACUAUCUAUGGUGGAUUUACUGCAAUCACGCUCUUCGGUCCCAACGCCAUCAAUUCAUUCUUGUUGCCUUUGGCCAUGGGCAACUGGAAGAAAUGGGCGUCUCAAUUGGAAAAAACCAAUGAUGCCAAAAAGCGCUUGGAGCUACAAAUGUGCCAACAAGCUGCAUUGGAUUCGCUUUCUGUCUUGUUUACCGACGAUCAUCGCAUUUCUGAAGAGGAAUGGGAGGAGCUCCAAGAUACCUUCGGAGAUCAACUUGUCAUGAUCGCUAGCCAAGAGACUGACUACGCUCUGAUGUCUGUGUAG